AUGGAUUAUCACCGAUUAGCUUCUUCUACAAAACAGCAUGUGAAGCGGGAAGUGAAGUCAAUUGGAGCAGCAGCAACGAUCGCUCUCGGUCAGAAUGAAGACAGGCCUGGUGUGCGGUUGGAUGCACCAACAACUACCUUAACACACUUGCAGCAUAAUUUUAUUUAUCCAGGAAAUUAUACUAGAAUGGAAUUUAUGCUAGAUGCAUAA